AUGGAGACUGUGGUUGUUGAUUUGAGAGAGGGAAUGGAGAGUUAUGAUGAAUUAACAGAUCGAUCUGUGUUGUUCGGAUUUGUAGAAGAAGCUUCAGUUCGAGAAACAGAUGAUGAUGUAAAUCUGGUGAUUAUGGAGGAGAAAUUGAAAAGGUCGAAUGAUAAAUUUAGUUUUGCUCGUAAACUGUUUGAUGAAAUUCUCGAAAGAGAUUUUGCUACUUGGACUACAUUGUUUUCUUAUUAUGCUAAUCACGGGUCAACGGGAACUGCAUGUGAGUUGUCCAAGGAAAUGCCUGAGAAGGGUGUUGUUUCAUUUAGUGUGAUGAUUACUGGUUAUGAUAGAAAGGGACGGUUUAAAGAAGCAUUGGAAUUAUUUCGUGAGUUACAGAUUCAGGGGUUGGAGCCUAAUGAUUCUACUGUUAUGGGUGUCAUUUCUGCCUCUGCUGAUUUGGGAAGUUUAGAUACUAGUAAAUGGAUUCAUUCUUACAUUAGGAAUAAGAAUGGAAAUCGAUUUGACAGUCGGAUAAAUACUGCACUGAUUGGUAUGUAUUUUAAGUGUGGGAGCGUCGAAGAUGGGGUAUUUUUCUUUAAAGGGGUUAAGGAGAAGCUUGUGGGAGAACGGACAACAAUGAUUUCUGGCAUAACAAUGCAUGGUUUUGGAGAGAGAUCUGUUGAAUUGUUCGAAAACAUGGUGGAAUCGCGUGUUAAGCCUAAUGCAAUCACAUUUGUCGGCCUCUUAUCUGGUUGCACUCAUGCAGGAUUGGUCAAGGAAGGGUUAAUGUAUUUCAAGAGAAUGAAAUCCGAGUUCGGGAUUGAACCCACAGUUGAACACUUCGGUUGUGUGGUCGAUUUUCUAGGCCGGGCAGGAUUGAUUGCACAAGAGGUUGAUUUCGUGAACAAUAUGCCACUGAAAGCUAUAUGA